UUCUAUUUCAGCUGAGGAACUGAUGGAUCUGAAUUUAGAAUAGAAACUGUUGUCUCAUUUUUGUCAACAGUACUUAUAAAGCCAAAGUUAAAAAAGUUUGCCUUUCUAAUUUAUACGUCAGAUAAAAUAAGUGUGAAUUAGUCAUGAACAGAGCCAUUGAUUAAAUAUUCGUUGUAUGAUGUUGGUCAAUAAAUGCAAAAAUAUUGUUCAUGAGAUCCCAGGUGAACAGCUACAACUUCUAUUUCAACCAUUAAAUGAAAAACAGAAGGAAAUCUUGUCCAAUUUAUUACCAUUAAACUUACCUAUUGAUUUGUUGCUUACCUUGUCUCUAAAUGAUGUGUAUUGGAAAAGAAAAUGCUGUGAGCGACAGUGGACUCAUCUAAAUUAUUGGUUAAGUAAUUGCAGUUGGAAAAACACAUUUGUUUCUUAUUCUGUUAUGGAUAUAAUUGAUAAUUUCAUCAUUGGAAAGUCUUUAUUUGUGGAAGUAAAAAAAACACUUUUAAGUUUCCAAAAUUAUUUGUAUAUUUUAAAAAUUAAUGGAUUUAAAUUUAAUUAUUCAAAUAAUAAUCACAAAUACCUGCCUCUUGAAGAUUUUGUCUUUCAGUUAAUGUCAUUGUUUCCUAAUCUUAAAGAAGUAUAUUUAAAUAAUUUUCCUCUCAAUUAUGAAAUGCUUCUAGAAUCUAAUGAUUGUGAUUUAUUAGUUAAUAGUUAUGAAAUGUUGAGUAAAACUCUAUGUGAAUUUCAAAAUUUACAGAAAUUUAAUUUACUUGGUACUAAAAUGGAAAGUUUUCAAUUUUCUUCUGUAAUUGAUGGUUUAACUGCUUUAAAUACCUUAGUUGAUAUUGAUUUUUCUUGUAAUAUAAUCACUGAUGAUUUCUGUUAUUCAAUCGCAAAGCUUUUAACAUCUACUCAACUUGAGGUAUUGAAGUUAAAUAAUAAUCAGAUUACAAAUAGCGGAGUAGAAAUUAUUGUAGCAGCUUUAAAUAACAAUAAAUCACUAAAAAUAUUGCAGUUGGAUCACAAUUCCAUUGGUAAUAAAGGUGCUAUAAGUUUAUUUAAUUGUUUAAUUUCAAAUAAUAAUUUACUUAAUAUUGAUGUAGCAUAUAAUAAAUUUACUGCUGAAUGCAUAUUUUCUCUUUGCAUGUUUUUGGAAAGGAACAGUACUUUGCAGCAUUUAAAUCUUACUGGAAAUAACUUGGGACAGGAAGCAGGUUGGAAAAUAUAUAAAGUUGUCCAAGGUAAUAGAAGACUUUUAUAUCUUGGAUUUCAGUUCUGUGGAUUCAUUUGUGAGAUAGAAGAUUUAAUACAUCUACAGAUAUCACAGAAUCAUGAAAAUAGAUAUCAAAGUGAACUGAAGUAAUUUUUAUUCUGUUACUUUCUUUUGCAUUGAAUAUAAUUUUUAUUUGAAUCAUCUGGUAAAACAUGUUAAUUGUUCAAAUGAAUCCUGGAAAUUUUUCUU